AUGGAGGCGCGCGUGAAGGCGGUGGCGUAUGACGCGGAGCGCCACACGGGAGGCGCCGUGGGCGCGGCGGACGAGCGCACGGCGAGCGUAGUGACGGCGGAGCCCGUGUCUGGCGGGAGCUCGAGCCUGGUCAAGUACCACGAGGACAUGCGCAAACGACGACUGCUCAUCGCCACGUUCGGUAGCAAGAAGAGCAAGAGCAGGGUGGCGGCAGUGGAGCGAGGGCAGGUGAGUGGCGAGUCGCUCAAGGCCAGCGACGCCCUGGGCCACCUUGUGCGAUCCGCCGCCGCGGCGCCGCUUGCGCUCACUCAGCAGGACCUGGACGCGCAGCAGAGCGCGGCGAGCUACCUGCCGCCACACAACCCUGCAGCCACGCAGGUGGAGGAGGCAUACCCGCUGGCGUACCUGGUACCGCGCGAGGAGUGGGAGUGCACAGACGUCGCAUUGCUGCUGGCCGCCGCUGCACUGCAGGCUGAGAUGCGGAAGAACCAGAAGGCCAAGGGCCUCGGUAAAGGUGGAGGAGGGGAAGGGGGUGAGGAGGUGGAGGACAAAGAAGGGAUGGGUAUGGAUUUUAAGACGAAGCAGGCGGCACGGCAGCUAUUGAAUGCGCUGCCCACGUUUGUGAAGGAGCGGCUGGGGCUUCUGCUGACCAAGACGGGGGAAUCAAAGGUGCACUACGCGCGGCUGCUGCUGCACAUCCACUUCCUCGUGCUCAUGCUGCACAUGCCCGAGGCCGUCCUGCACGCCACUGCCUUGCGCACUCUGGCCUCCUCCCACCCCUCCUCCUCAUCCUCCCUACCCUCGCCUGAGCUUAUUUCAAAGGAGUAUGGCAUGCCCAUCCUGACGGCUGCCCGCCUGCCUCAGAUAUUCCGUGCGCAAGCGGAGGACCAGCACAACGUAGGUGGCAAGAGGUAUAAGUUCCCAUUGCGCCUGAAGCAGCUGCUCAUCAGCUACAUUGCUGCCCUCGCACUGCACGCCACAGCCUUCCGCCUGCCUCUCGUUGCACUUGCAGCUGACCUUAAGAUGGCUGCACCCAUAUUGAUGAAGCAUUUGAGGGAGAUGGGGUGUGAGAGUUCAAGGGGAGGUGCUGCUGCCGGCGUUGUGGAGACUGUCGCUGUUCUGCGGGUGCCCCUCACGUUCCCCAAGGCUGUCGCUCCUAAAAGAAAGAGGAAGUGA